AUGAAGAACAAUGAGGCGGACCACGAUCAGUCCAAGAAGCAGGACGAUUUCAUGGACUGGGAGGCGUACCUCCUCUCGCAGCGCUCGCGCACGGUCUACGCGCAGUACCUGCGGUGCCGGCCCAUGUGGCUGCUCGCGGCGGCGGCGGGCUACGACGACGGUAACCGGGUAGUCAUGCCGCAGUCGGCGCUGGACCGGCUCGGCUCCGUGGAGGUGGAGUACCCGCUGGUCUUCAAGAUCCACAACGCCGCCAACCCCCACCAAGCCUCCCACGUCGGCGUGCAGGAGUUCGUCGCCGAGGAGGGCUUCGUGCACGUGCCCACCCACACCAUGGCGCGCCUCGGCCUCCACCACCACCACCACGACCACCUCGUGCUGCUCACCUGCACGUCCCUCCCCAAGGCGACCCACCUCAAGCUGCGGCCGCACACCUCCGGCUUCCUCACGGUCAAGCACCCCAAGGAGCUCCUCGAGCGCAACUUCGCCAGGUACAGCUGCGUGACCGUCGGCGACACCGUCACCGUCGUCGCGGACGGCGACGCGCGGUACCUGCUCGACGUCGUCGAGGCCAGGCCCGCCCACGCCGUGUCCACCCUCGAGACCGACUGCGAGGUCGACUUCCUCCCGCCGCUCGACUACGUGGAGCCCGCGCGCGCGUCGGCGGCGUGGAAGUCGACCAAGGAGUUCAGCGUCGGCCCCGGCGAGGUCGCCACCGUCGACUUCGAGCCCCCCGCGGACAUGGUCGGCGGCCGGCGGUUCUCCGGCAAGGUGGGGCAGAAGACUGGUGACGGCGACAAGGGCAAGGAGGACGGACGGUUCACCGGGCGGAAGUACUCUCUGCGAGACUGA